AGCUAGAAAACGCUAGAUAAAUUUGGUCUCAAAUCAGCCCAGUCGCCCACCGUUCGGCGGCUACCUCGCCGCACUCCAACGCCCAGCACGCCGCCCCUUCAGCGGCCAGCGCGGCCGCCACCUGCACCCCCCCCCCCCCCCCCCCCCCCCCCCCCCCCCCCCCCCCCCCCCCCUCUCCCACCCCCACCUCAACUCCCGUAUGAUCUGCCGCUUCCUCGAUCUGCCUCGGCGCCGCUUCAUCGAUCUGCCUCGGUGCCGUUUGGAUCGUUGCGGCGACGGCUUCAUCGGUCUUCAGCUCCGGCACCCGCAUCCUGAAGGAGUGCGAUCUCGUGGCUGGUUUCAUCGGUUCUGGGAACCAAAUUGCCGAGGGGACUUCCACAACUUGUACUGCUUAAUUUCCCUAUCCGAGACUACAAUCUUGUCCUAGGAUGGCGACGGACAUGUUGACCAUAUACCUGCACUAUGAAGUUACAAAUCAGGAAGCCAAAAUGUUACAAAGAUCCAUGAUGAGGCGUGAUGUCUCGUAUUAUGACUUAAUCUUGAUGAUCGAGGAAGUUGGCUUUCAGGCAAUUGACUUUCUGUACUAUGCAAAAAAAACUCGUCUAGGCAGCUCCUACUUAGUUCACAUUUAUGAUCAAGGUCUUGUGUUGAAAAUGUUGUCCGACCCUGAGAUUGUGAAAGCUGUCCAUCUGUAUGUGUCUAAGGAGAAGGUUGACGAUCAUAUUGCGCCGCCUAGUAAGCAAAUUCAUAUUGCUCCAUCUAACCAUCCGAAUGAGAGUGUUCUCUUACAACACGGUGGUGUCUCUGCUGAAGGGGCAGGGCAACUUACUAUGGGAAUGCCGCAAAGUAUCCCUCUUGAACCAUGCUUAUUACAUAUCUGUAUCUACUGUUGUAAUUAUUGGAAUAAAAGAUGUAUGGUCGUUCUGCAGGACCAUGAUGUCAACCAAUUACAAAUUCAACAGAAUUCAUCAUCAUCACAAGACCAUGUUAUUGAUUCUGUGCCAGAGGUGAGGGAAACCAGGGAUCUUACGGGUGAAUCUGUUUCAAGAACGAACCAGCAGGGGACUAGAAGUGAACACCCACACCCAGCUCGCUCAAAAAGAAAGCGUACUUCUUCCAUCAAGGCUGCUUCCAAAGUAGUUUUAAAGACUUCAACAUAUCCCAACAAGCGGAAUGUUGCGUAUGGUACUAUUCGGAGUACUAAUCCAAGAACUAAGGUUGGUGGUAUUGAGUUAGGUGCUGAAUUUGCCGUUGUGCGCAUAGAUCAACCUAUUCUUGAUAAUGAGGAGUUGGUAAGGGAAGUUUCUAAUUGCAAGACAAUUGGUGAGGCUUUCACUUCAGGAUACUUAAUUGCCUGGCCUUCAGCUUUUAUUCGAGAGAAGGAUAGUUGAGUUGCAGCUGAAUUCUUGGAUCAAGAUGCAAAUAAAAUUGGAAGAUUUUAGCUACCAAUAGUUGUAGUUUACAUUGAUAGAUUUAAAAAUGUAAUAUCAUCAACAUGAUAUUUUUCUUCGUCGAAUUGAUGUAAAUGUAAUAUUCUCCAUAGUUGUGUUUUCUAUGCUCAAAAUGAUAUGAUUGAUAUCUUUAUUGUAAUGCAUAUGUAUCAUACACUUGUAUAUUCA